AUGUUAUUUUCAGCUUUAAGUAUUUUAUCUUUUCUGUUAGCCACGAUUACUGCACAAUAUUCUGAUGAUUUUGUGAGAAAUACAAUGUGGCCAUUAGCAGCUGGAGCUUACAUAACAAAUCAGCAAGAGUGCAUCACGAGUGGAACCGGUGAUGGAAAAUUGAAAAGAAAAAUCGAUGUUUCCUGUGAUAUUCUGAAUGAAACUUGUUCUGCUUACACAGCCUCAUCCGAUUCAAAGAAAGCUCUUAUUUUGGCAUGGCGUGGCUCCCAAGUCAACCUCGAAGUGCCAAUGGAAAUGCUUGAUAUCCUUUUUGGGAAGCAGUUAAUCUUCCCUGGUGGAGGUAAAGUGGCCGAUUUCUUCUAUAACGCUAUGCUAAAGCUAUGGAACAACGGAGUCAAGGACGAUUUCUUUACGUUGAGACAACAGUAUCCUGACUAUGAUGUUUGGGUGACUGGACACUCCCUUGGUGCAGCGAUGGCGAGCUUGUCAGCCGGCUACUUGGCACAGUUGGGAUUAGUGCCGAUAGAGAAGAUUAAGUUGGUCACUUUUGGACAGCCGAGAACCGGAGACUCGACAUACGCUGCCUUUAUGGACACUGUUCGUUUUUUGAUCAGU